UUUUUUGGCAUUAGUGAAAGAAAAUUCGAUGUGAUUGUUGGCAAGUUGUGGAAAAAUAGAGAAUUUUUUAUAUUAAAUAUCUCAUUCAAGACUAAUUUUCAUUAGAAAUGGUGAAAAAUAUAAUGUGUUAUUAAUACGUGUCUUCGAUUGCUUAAUCGUUGGUACAGAUGAUCGCUGAAACGUAAUUUUCUUUGUGGUCUUUUGUUUUGGCUGAAGAGACGAAUCUCCACACCUAGCCAGACAGACUGGCAAUUACACGUAUAGACAAGCAAAUCGUUAACAAAAGAAACAAGCCUGCGUUAAUUAUCGACUAAGUUUCCCCAGAGAGGCGGUUGGAAAAAUGUCUUCUGCGUCAAUAUUAAGUGUAAUUGAACAUUACCAAAAGAGUAUCGAGCAUUCCCAGGACGAUGAAGGCAGACUUCUGCACUGCAUUAACAAACUGUAUAGAUUGCCGGUAAAGGUGGAACAUUUGCAGCAAACUGGUGUUGGCAAAACAGUCAACUCUUUACGCAAAUAUAAUGGAGAAAUAGGUGUUGCUGCUAAAGCGUUGGUCACCAAGUGGAAAGCCAUGGUGGCGGCUGAGGAGGAACCAAUGGACACCAGUAAUUGCCAAAGUACCGACUGUGAUGAUGAGAACAAUGCCAACGGGCAUGGUUCAAGCGAUGAUGACCACUAUAAUCACAAUCAUACUCAAAAUAAAAAUACAGCUCAAGAACCAAAUAAUUUAAGUGAAAAUACGUCGAAAGAUCGACAAUCUAAUCAUAGGGAUAAAGGCAGUUCGGAACAUAAAUCUAAAUCACAAAAUGACGAAAGUUCUCACAAGAGUUCGCAUUCAUCGUCGAAACACAAAAGGCAUCUUGGACAAGAGGACAAAGAAAUGCCAUUUUCGAAAAAGUCCAAACAUGAUGAACCAGACAAUGGAGUUAAGAUUCGUGAAAAUGAACAGCAUAAGUCGUCACGCGAGAAAUCAGAACGACAACGUGAUCGCAGUGAGAAACAAAGCUCGAGAGGGGAUGCAAAAAGUAAUGCUUCCAAUAACUCUCAUCAUAAAAAUGGUGGUGAUUCUAGAGAUAAAAAAGACAGUCAGAAGAUUGAAAAUACAAGCUCGUCUAAACACCACGCAAAUCACUUGCCAGAGAAGGCAAGAAAACAUGGUGACAGUGAAAAACACAGCUCAUCUAAGGAGAAAGAUAAGCACGAACGAUCGCGAGAGAACAAGCACGACAAAAAUAAAUCGUCGUCCAAAAACACGUCACAUCGUGAAAAACAUCACAAAUCGUCCACAUCACAUUCGUCGAUCAGCAGUAGUAAGCCUUCGACAACAACCAUCGAAAAACCUACUUCGUCAGCAUCACAUACGCAGGCACCAGAUAGCGGCAGCAGCAGCAGCAGGAAACGUCAACACGACAGUGACUCGAACGAUGCGUCCCCACCCAAAGUUAAGGAGUUGAAAAAACCAAAAACUAUUAAAUUAAAAGCGAUAGCUACGGAUAAUGAGGAUGAAGCCGAUGGCGACGAUGGCAUUGAUUCUUCGAUGGGCGCGAAUUUCGCCGAUGUUCUGGGCAUGCUAAAUAUGCCAACAAAGAAGUCGAAAAAAUCGUUAAAUAUUAACAAAUCGCCCACUUCUAGUACGCCCAGCAAGAGUACUGCCAACGACAAACCGAGCAGUAGCAACAGCUCCAAUAAGAAUGCUAGAAACGAAUACAAACCAAGUUCUAUAUCAUCAGCGUCAUCUACGUCAAGGCCAAUAGAUGAGAAACCAGAGCUUUUGUCAGCCUCUGCAAAACUGGCCCCACUUGAUCCCAGUAUUGCGCUUGAGCUGCCAACGAUUUCAGCCAAUUACAAACCGCUCCCACAUAAUAAGACUGUAAUGGAUUGUGUUUAUCGAAAUAGUGGAGCCGUGAUUAGCACCCCUAAGCCACCUGUGCGUACACUUACCGAUGCAGAAGCCCUCAGCCAUGGCAUCUCUUCGAAAACAAUGCGUACAAAAAUUUACUCGGGUAUCAAGACUGGACAAGUAUUACAAGUGCCAUCAUUAUUUGAUCUAUGCAUACGCAUACUGCAAAAGAAUAUCGAUGCGCUGGAAUACACUGGUGGUGUACCUUUCGAGGUGUUACGUUCUGUUUUGGAGCGCGCUACACCACAACAACUUCUUACCUUUGAAGAAUACAAUCCAUAUUUGAUGGAAGACAGCGAUUGUUUGUGGCAGAUUCACGUACAACGAAACUUUCGUUCAAAAAAGCGGCUGGAAAUGGAAUCUUGGCGUGAAAUGUUUUUGCGUUGUGAGGAGGAAAAGGAGCAAAAAUUGAAUAGUCUUACAGAGACUAUCAAACAGUCACAGAAAAUAAUCGCUGCACCCGUACGCAAGACCCAACUGGCAUUUGUGGAUUCAAUGGUGAAACCGCCACGCAAUGUCCUGCGCAAACAGGAGCAGUAUGGCACAAAAGCCAAGCUGGUUGCCACCCCGGCUGCACGUGUUGCAGCACUCUCAAGCGUCACGCCGAAUGCAGCCAAAGUGGGUGAUACGCGUCUGCGAGUAGCGGCUACUGUGCGGGACGCGGCGCAAGUUUCUCAUGCGCCUUUACGUGCGAAGAAGGCGCCACUUAUGGCCAAGACACUGCAGUUCAUGCGUGGACGCCACAAGCGUUAAGCUAACUUUUAGUCCGAACUCAACAAUUUGUGUUCGUUUCCUCUUUUUCAAUUAGACUUAGUUUGAAAAAAAUUUUACUGCUUAUGCACGUGUUAAUGAAAUUACAAUGUUUCAAUAUGAUUAUGUAGCUGAACAUAUACAGGGUAGUCCAAUUAACUCACCAAUGGCGGCUUUGAUUGCAUGUUUCAUCUUUUGAAUCGUUUAUGGCUAGUCAUCGGCGCCAACAAAAAAUUGUCUAAUCGAGUGAAAUCACAGCUUGUAGGCGUCCAAUUGGCAUCACUGAUUUUUGCUCAAGAAAAAAAAGCACCACACUUUAGUUUAACGCCAAGGAUAAUAAUUUAUGAUGUAAAAGUAAAAGAAAAUCGGUUGUUCAAUUUAAAAAACUCUUGAUUGAUCACCCUGUAUGAUCAAGCACAUGUAUACUCUUCAAACAUUACAAGAUUCUGAGAAAUGUUUUAAAUUUAUAGGAUAAAACCAUGAUAAUUCAUCAGUAAAAACGUAGCAUCACACAUACAUGUACACUCAAAUACGCAUACAUAAAUGUAUAUAUAUAGAUAUAUAUAUAUAAGUAUAUUUUAAAAAUAAAUAUGGGUAAAUGUAAGAUUUCUGAAUUUUGUGGUUAACUAUUGUGUUAAAUAAUUUACUUAUCUACUAAAAUAUUAAUAAGCGAUUAUAAAGCAGUUACAUAUUUACACACAAAUGUGUAAUGCACGCACUACGGCUGUGCUAAUUGUUAAAACCGUGUAAAAAAACAGAAACAUUAUUUAAAGGGAUAGCGUUAAAGUAGGAAAUUUUUGAAUAAAUACCACACAUAAAAAUGAA